AUAUCUCAGCAUUCGACCGAUCACGGUCCAUUUGUCCUCGGCGUGCUGACUUUGCCGACAUAGACUUUCUCGUACGGAGUGGCCGUUGCUCUCUACCAGCCUGGUGUCAUUAAUCUGCGCUACACUUUUCUACACACCCAGUCCUGUUGGUUUGUAUGCUUUACAGUCUGCUGAGCAUUUCUCCUUAAUCUGCCCACCUCUCUUGUGCUGCUGCGACAUUGAUCUGCGAGUGAACAUCGCUGCCACCAAACCAUAUAUACCCGCGUUGCAUGGUCAAAGCCAGGCGCCGCACGAGAUGAGCCAACUCCAUAGAACCAUGACGGGCCAAUCGCAACAGUCGCAUAUCUCAGAACAGACUAUCCCAGCGAACUCGCCAACGCUAUCGAGAACGACAACAGCAGACCCAUUGACCGGCACGAUAAAUCACCUAACGCCGGUUCAGGAAGAGAAGCUUCAGGAAUUCAAGAGACAACUAGAAAAAGGAGGAUGGUGGACACCCAAUGGAGUCAAUGGCAAACCCAGCCACGAUGACGGUACACUGGUACGAUAUCUCCGCGCCCGGAAGUUCGAUAUCAGCGGUGCGAUCGGUCAAUUCACCGACCACGAGAAAUGGCUGAAGGAAGAACGCGUCGAAGAGCUCUACGAUCAUUUCGAUGUCGAAGCCUAUGAGAGGGCACGAUUAAUGUAUCCUCAAUGGACCGGUCACCGUGACAAGAGAGGUAUCCCCAUCUACGUCUACGUGAUCAAAGGCCUCGACAGCAAAAGUGUGUCCAAGUACCAGAAAGAGACUCAGGCCUACAAGGACAGUCUGCCAUACCACAAGAACCUCCAAACUCCGGCCAAAUUACUACCUCUAUUCGCAUUGUACCAAAACCUCCUGACCUUUGUCCUUCCCCUGGUUUCGUCGCUAGAUCGACCGAACCCUGAAGUCCCCGUCACGAAUUCGACAAACAUUGUCGACAUCCAAGGUGUCGGCCUAACUCAAUUCUGGAAUCUCAAACAGCACAUGCAAGAUGCUAGUGUCCUUGCUACUGCGCAUUAUCCAGAGACACUGGACAGAAUAUUUAUAAUCGGUGCUCCCUCCUUCUUCCCAACAGUAUGGGGCUGGAUCAAAAGGUGGUUCGAUCCCGUGACAGUUUCCAAAAUCUUCAUCCUCAGUAAGCAUGACGUCAAGCCGACUCUCUCCAAGUACAUGGAGUUGAGGGACAUCCCUAAACGGUACGGCGGUGAGCUCGAGUGGGAAUGGGGAAAUCUGCCUCAUUUGGACGCAGAGACGCGCGCUGCUGUCGAGAAGGACGGCAAUAAAGGUUGGGUAAAGGGUCCGUGUCUGUGGCUCAGCGGGCGCAGGGUAGUUGUUGGAUCGGAGAAGGGCAAGAUCAGAACACCAGACGCUGAAGUGCAGAAGUUGCAGCCUGUUGUCUACGCGGCCGAUUACACCGCGAUUCCAGUCCAUCCCGAAAAGACGAUGUCGAAGUCGCAGGCAAAUCAUAAUGAGGCGCCUCAAACGCAACAUCACCACAGCCACCACAAUCACCACAGCCAUCACCACCAUCAAUCACAGCAAGCGAAUGGCACGGCCGAGCCGCAUCACCGCGCUGAAGAGGCCGCCCUUGCGGCGGGUGGUGGCGCCACAGCGGCUACCAUCAUCCAAAAGGAGACUUCACAUCCUAUCGACCAACCGCCUGCCGUCACUGAAAGGGAGACGAGUCAACCUUCUGCCCAACCUCAUGCGCAUCCUCUGACCGGCGGUUCUCUGUACGCUUCAGUUACAUCAUCAGCUCCAGCACCAGCACCAUCUGCAGCUCCAGCACCGUCAGAAUCGUAUAUCGCCCCAACUCCCACUACGCAAGCGCCACCCCAAGUAUAUGAUCAUGCCCCAGCACAACCUCAACCCGGCCCUGUCCCCGCGCACGCCGUGCUCAUGACAAAAGCCAUUGUGGAAAAAUUGCAGGGCGAAUCUGUUUCAGUCAUCCCAGCCUCCGCGAACGGUCAUGCAGGUGGGCACCCGGAGGUCACGGUGGCGAGUGAUCCGUCGAAAGGCCUGGCUAUUGAGACGGAACGACUUGCUCUGGCGGAUGCUGGUGCUGGUGUCAGUAUUGCUCAAAGGCCACAUAUUGAGAGGUUUGUUACGGCGGCAGAAAUUUAGGAACGGCCUGAGGCCGGUCUGUGUUGAUGUUGUCUGGUUGCUUGACUUAUGCUCUGUUUGGUUCUGGUUGUUUGCAAAAGCGCAUGCAUGACUGAAUGUGACGGUCUUGAGUAUACCUAUAUUAAAUCGUUGGCUGUGUCACAGGCACUUUUGGUUUUGAUGUUUCGGCUUUGAAUGGAUCACGGAACGAGAUUGCAUUGCACGGGGAAGAUCGUACAGUAACAUGUUAUUACGCACAAUAUCCAUUUGAUUGAGAUCGUUCAUGAGAAACCAUGCAGGGAUU